GGUUAGUGGCCAUGUUGAAUGUUUGUGUUCGCAGGUGAAUUACAGGGAGCUCCUCGGGUCUUGGUGGAUUACACAGGUAAUCAUGUGACAGAUCUUUCACUUUGGAUUAUUAAACGUCCUCUAACGAAUGUGGAUGAAUAAGGAUCAAAAAGAAUUGCUGGAGGAUGCUGACCUUGCGGUGUGAGGCAAGCACCACCAACUUGAGCUGAUGCCUGCGGCCAACACUCAAAAGCAUCUUGAGCACCUUAUGGCCUACCCCCAACAUCAGGGCAAGUCUGGCCCCCCACGACCUGGGCCUCACCAUGGUCAUCCUCCACCUGGUUCAUAUGGGCCACCCUCUGUACCUCCAACUUCACACGGCUCUCAUGCUGGUUACAGUCAUCAUGGCACUGCUAAUCAACUUGGGCCAUCAGGUCAACGAGUACUGUCAGGUCCUCAUGGCCCGCCCUCACAAAAUGGGCCACAAGGUCCUGGACCACAGAUUGGACCAGGUCAGCAUCGACCUUCAAUGGGAUCGGGACAACAUGGACAGCCAAGCCAGCAUGGGCAUCCAGGUACUCACGGAAUACCAAAUCAUCGUGGACCACCUGGUUCCAUAGGUCCCCCAGCACCACAUAAACCUCCAGGAACCCAUGGUCAAUAUGCACCCCAUUUGUCACAUUCAAAUGUUGUAAAUGGUCAACGGAGUCAUCUUGAUGGCCCUGCAGGUGAAGUACGACAGCCACCAGCUUACCCAGAACCUCCACGUUACCCUGGACCUCAUGCAUUACUUGAAGAAGUAGACAAACAUAUUCUACAAACUGGAACACUUAAUGGUCCUCAAGUGCAAUCAAAUAAACAGUAUUCUGGGCCUCUUGGACAAGGAGGAGGGGGAGGAGUUGUUGGUGGUAGUAAUAAUGGCAGUGGAAGCACAAAUAAUAGUAGUGACAUGGUAAGGUUGGAGGAAGAACUUAGUGCACUAAACAGAAGUGAAUUAUUAAGUAGGGCAGUGAGAGCUGAAAGUGAAACAAGAGAACUUCAGCAUACUUUCCAUUCUCAGGCUGCAGAGCUAAGACACCUGCGUGAUACUCACCAACGUCUCACUGAUGACAAUCAGGAACUGCGUGAUCUCUGUUGUUUUCUUGAUGACGAUAGACAGAAGGGAAGAAAACUAGCACGAGAGUGGCAACGCUUUGGACGCUACACUGCAUCUGUUAUGCGGCAAGAAGUCACAGCCUACCAGAAUAAGCUACGAGAACUGGAUGCUAAACAACAAGAACUUAUUAAGGAUAACUUGGAGUUAAAGGAAUUAUGUUUAUAUUUGGAUGAGGAGCGAAAUAAUGCCGCAUGCAGUCACUGUGGGCAUCCUCUUAUUACCCGGGAUGAUGGUGAUGGCUCCUCCUCAUCAACUAAUGCAGAUGAGCCCUCAGGACCCCCACAUCCUCCUACUCAAGCCCCUCCUCAGCCUCCUGCACCUCCACCAACUGAUAUUCCCUUAGCACGGUCGUCUUCAAGAGAGAGACUAUUGGAAGACACACUCAACCGUCAGAGGUCUCCUAUGAAUGGUGAGUGCCUCCCCACCCAGAAAAGUGGGAAAUGUGGUAAGGAGGAUGAUUGCCUUGAAGUAUGGAAGAACAAAUUCUUCCAAGUACCCUAUCAAGAACAAGUUUUAUCAUACAUCCGAUCAUUAGAAGCACGUGUGAUGAUGCUAGAGACUGAGAAGCAGCAACUUGGAGAAGAACUUAACAAGAUAGACCGUAUACAUCCAGAAGGGGAAGGUAUCGAAGCUAUAGACUUAAACAUAGGUUUGCACAACCUCUCAAAGGAAAAAUCUUUGGGAUCUAGACCCCUUCAACCACCACCAUAUUCCCUUUCACAUCACCUAAGAGCUGUUGGUCUGGGACUCACAAGAACUCCAUUGGGACCAGGUUCUACAGAAAGUGAUGAUGAUCUCUUGGAAGGGCCACCACCUCCAUUGGUGUCUCGGCCAACAUCUGUCGCAGCAGCAAUGAGAGUAUUGGAGGUACAGGAACAGCUUGAAGGAGCUUCACAUCCUCCUUCAGGACCUCCGCCUUCUCAAGGACCUCCACCACAAACUCAACAAGGCUCCAGUGGUCAUCCAACACCACAAGAUGCAGCAUUGGCUGAUGGUGAAAAGGCACUUCUCAGACAAAUGUGCAAUGUGGUGUGGAAAAAGCUGGAAGAAGUGCCAAGUCAGAACAGAUAACAAGAUAUAGGAUGCACCUCAAGCAUGACACUCGGAAGACAACUAGUGUGCAGUGUCUCCUACCUUUGUGUACUAGUUGUGUGAAAAAAAUUGAUACACAGCUUCUUCUGGAAAAUGGAGGAGUCAAGAGGCUAGUGAUCUUUUUAUAAUUUUGCAGUUGCUAUCAUCUAUUGUGUAUAUUCUCAACUUGGAAUCUCACUUUUCAGGUGCCAAUGGUACAAAAAUUCCUGAUCAAAUUUAUAACGAAAGUUAAUAUAUUUAUAUAUUAUUCUCACUGUUACUGUGUUUCAUCACUGAUGUCCAAUUCAGUAUUCUGUUCUGUACUAUCAUGCUUAACUGUACAUAGAUUUAUAUAUGUGACAAGGUAAUAAUUUGCUGCUUUAAUGUAUAGUGUAUAUGUAGUUUAAUUUUAAGAUGUUUCAUGUUUAUUUUGAAUGUGAAUGCAGUCACUGUUAAACAGAGGUUACACAAACUUGUGUAUGUUACGACUUCUAAAACAUCUUUACUAGAAAGUUUAACUGAUAUUUCCUAAAGGCUAGUUUCUGCUUGCUCCAUGGAAAUUCUUGUGACAUUCCAAAUACAAGUACAGAGAUUUUACCAUACAAUAGUGUGAAUAAAAUGUUGAUAUAGUUAAUACAUUAUACAGUUUAUGUAAAAAAAAUAUGUAGAUGGUAAAACAUUAUCUUUCAAUAUUUGAAAAAGAGUAUAUAAAUAGUUUUAUAGUAAUCAUUCCCAAAGCAAUCACAUGGAUAGAGAUGCUUUUCUCAGGCAGUAUAUACUGAUUUAGCUGUGGAUAGGUUGUAUUAUACCCCACCUCCAUCCAUCCAUCCCACCUUGAAGGUUUAAUAGUUAAUUUAUGGAAGGUAGGAAUACCAAUUAUCAUUAAUAGGCUAUAUUUUUGUUAUUUUAAUUCAGUUCAAUCAUGCCAUUAACUUUUAAACUUUAAACUCGGAUAUGUAUAGAACAUAUGGGUCAUGCUUUACAUGAAUAAUGGGUGGAUUUCUUUGAAAAGGAAUUGAACCCAUGAUGUAGUAAUGUUAAUCCAGUAUUUCCCUUUGUAUGUUGGUGCUCUCCUUUGCCAUUUCACUAAAUAAUAAUAUUCACAACAAAAUACUGUGAACACUUAGGAAGGAUAGUGUUUGACAAAACCAGAAGUGCCUAGCCCUCUGAUCUUGAAAUGUGGUCAAUUUUUUUAUCUUAAUUUUUCUUGUUAAUUUGGCUCUUUGAAGACCAGACAGUUUCAUAUUCUAUCUCUUUUGGGGGGCUGUGUUUAUACCGUGAUUUUGAUUUUUGGUCAAAGUUUUUUCCUUAUUGACUCAGAAGAUAUGUGCCUCAGAAUGAAUACUCUGAUUCUUCAGAGGAAGUUUCAUGCAGAGUCAGGCAUAUUGCUUGACCAUGCUCAUGACGGAAAGUUUUUGAUAAAACGUUAAAACUUUUUAGAAUGACUUUAGUUAUUUAUCAGUGUUUGUGAGCUAUUGCCAAAUGUCAUAGACAUAUCAGCAUUGUGAUAUGAUAGUUCAAGGCACUUGCAGGUACUUACCAAAGGGUUUUGGCAAGUUAUGUGUACAUAUAUGAAGAUUUUUUUUUUUUUUUUAUAAUGUAUAUGCUUAGGCCUUUCUUCUGCUCUUAAUUUGCAAGUCAACCAACAUAGAAAUUUUAAUAAAAUUAUAUUUUUAAUCAUUCGGUGUAUUGAGAUAUUAUAUUUAUUUAUUCACCAUUAUUAAAUAAAUACAAUUACCAUUGUUGUC